CAGUGCUGUAUCAGGAAAUGGACUGGGACCAGUUUGACUUGAACCCUAAAGUAAUUGCUGCCCUUAAGAAAGCUGACAUAAAAUCAAUAAAAGAGAUUUUAAAUCUUUCUGGAGCAGACUUGCAAAGACUGAUGAAGCUGUCCAGUGCAGAUAUACAGUGCUUACUGAAAACAGUCUCUUAUACGCUGAGGAGAAAUAGUAUGCUUACAGCACUUCAGCUCUACCAAGAUAAAGACCAUGUCACCUCCCAGCAGCAGAAGCUGAGCCUCGGAUGUUCAGUGCUAGAUGCCUUGUUAAAAGGUGGCAUUCCUUUAGUGGGAAUCACAGAACUUGCUGGGGAAAGUUCUGCUGGGAAGACUCAGAUUAGCUUACAGCUGUGCCUUUGUGUGCAGUAUCCUUACAAAUAUGGUGGAUUAGAGUCUGGAGCCGUCUACAUUUGUACAGAAGAUGUAUUCCCGAGUAAACGUUUGCAACAACUCAUAAACCAACAACAUAAGCUGCGUGCAGACGUUCCAGCUGAAAUAAUACAGAAGAUUAAAUUUGGGAACAGUAUUUUUGUUGAGCACGCAGCAGACCUAGAUACCUUUCACAACUGCAUUACUAAGAGGAUUUCCCUGCUGCUCACGAGAGGCAUGGUGCGGCUGGUGGUCAUAGACUCCAUUGCUGCUUUGUUUCGGUGUGAAUUUGGAGCUUCAGACUCUGUUAUGAAGGCUCGGUAUUUGCAGACAUUUGGAGCACAGCUGCACAGUUUAAGCACCAGAUUCAGGACUCCAAUAAUGUGUGUUAAUCAGGUGACGGACGCAGUGAGCGAGUCGGGAGCUGCUCGGAGCAGUGGUGGCGCAGCGGACGGCGGAGUCUCCCCGGCGCUGGGAAUAACCUGGGCCAAUCAGCUGCUGGUGAGACUGAUGGCCAGCCGGCUGUCACAGCCUCAGCAGCCAACUGCAGUUGUGUCACACCACCCUGGAACCGUCAGGACUUUAAGAGUAGUUUUUGCUCCUCAUCUCCCUCCAUCCUUAUGCUACUAUACAGUAAAACUGGAAGGUGUAAAAGGAAUAAAAUAA